UGUCAAUUGAUAAAAUCAAUCAUGACUUCGACACUGCAGAUUUCUAUUGACGAAAUGGCAAAGGAGUUUCUAAAUAACGAUAAAGCUCUGCGUCAGAAAAACUCUGAUCAAAUCAAGGCUAAGCAAACAUCUCGACGAAUUAGGAAAGAAAAAAUAAAGCUCGAUGUGUAUCGCAAUUUAAUAAUCGACACUUCAGUUUCUGAAAUCUGCUACAAAGAAGGUGAUGAAGAAGAAAGUAAAUUAAAUACUUUGAUGCAUUGGGAAACGAAUGAGUGUCCGUAUUUUUACAACGAUAGAAACUAUGCGAUUUUACCGGACAUUCCUAAACGGUUUUUAUCCAACAAUGCUGAAAUGGAAAUGAACAGCCUUUUCUUUUCGUGUUUUUGUGAAAAGCGAUAUGAUGGCACGAGGAGAUUAACUUUGCACGGAAACGAUUUACUGCCCAGAAUAAGGAGGCGUUUUGAAGAUUGGGAUAUCCCUCAUUUGACAAUUUUCCUGCGGAGCAACCAAGAUGUAGUGUCUCUUAGGUUACCGUACAAUAGGAUUCGGUGUGCUGGUUUCAUAAAUCUCAUCGAUCACAUAAAAGAAUAUAAUAAUAUAGUGGAACUCGAUGUUCAAAAUAAUGACAUUUGUGGGCCAGGGAUUAAUCAUUUGUGUUGUAUCGGGGGGCUACGAUUAAAGAUCCUUAGGUUGAAUGGAAACAAAAUUAAAGCUGAAAGUGCAAAACAGCUGGCGUUGACUUUGUUGAGAAAUCCAUACCUGCGACAUUUGGAUGUUGCAGAAAUUGAUCAAAGUACAUCGAGUUUAGUGUGGUUUACAACUGUAAUGUCAUGGAACCAGGAUGUCUACAAUGAAACUCUGAAGAUCUUAAAUAUUAGUCGACCAAAUCCAGCACACAUGUAUUUCAUUGACACAUCUGACUUUGCUGAGAAGAUUGGUGCCAUGCUUCGAUAUAACAGAAGUUUAGUGGAGUUACACCUUCAGAAAUAUGGAUUCUCCUGCCAUGAUAUCGAGGUUAUGCUGAUCGAUGGAACACGUAAUGAAACGCUGCAUUUACUGGAUCUAAGUAAUAACAACAUCGGAGAUCAUGGAGCAGAUGUACUUAGUAACUGGCUUGCCAAGAAACCGUCUUUGCGAGGACUUUUCCUGGGUCACAAUAUUAUAACCAAUUAUGGUGCCAGGUCAUUGAGCUUCAGCUUGCCAUUCUCAAAAAUCAGAAUACUCGAUAUUUCCUACAAUCGAAUUACUGACACAGGAGCAGUGGAUAUAUUGAAUUCACUAAAGAAAGUUUAUCAAAUGCGUCACUUGCAAAUAUUUGGAAAUUGCCUCGGCCAUGAUACGGCUCAAAUUGUCCAACGAAUGCUUGUGUCAGGUGUGUUGCAACAAGAGAACUUGGACGUAAAACCGUACAAAGUCGACACAAAGUGGUACUUUGCUCAUUAUCCUGCAGAUCGUUAUAAACAUUUGUACUACGAAGUUCCUGACUAUGGGUUCCCGCAACCACUGAAACUCCCUUAUAUAAAAAAUAAAUUCAAAGGAAUGGCUAAGCCAAAAGUAAACUUCAAGUAUGUUGCUCCAGUACCAAUUCAACGAAGAAGAUCCAAGCUCCAGAAAGGACACCCUUUCCAAUGUGUGUGCUGUGUUUGUCAAGAGGAUAAAGCUAUGAAUUCUUUGGGAUCCUCUAUUUCCUCUAUUUCCACCUUCACGCGAGAAUUAUGCGUGUGUGGGGUGUGCAUAUAUGAUGAGAGUCUAAAACAACCGAGUAUCACACAUUCUGAUACUUCUUCAAGACGAGAAUCUUGUACCGAGCAUGCCAAUGACUGCAGUUGUUCUUGCACAGAAAAUGAAGACGAAUCACUGAUUUCUGGGAUCAAUCAUUCUGAGAGUUGUGAAUGUUGUCACUGUGCAGUGGAAGAGGAAGAAAAAUCUUCAUCUCCUUCAACUUCAUCAAUACAUCUUCUAGAAACUGUUUGUCAAGCGAAUCCAGUUUAAAUAGGUGAACACAAAUUGUACCAUGGU